UAACAGGAGUCUCUCUUCAGUUUCAGAUGCCUCUGGAUGUUCAAUGGUAGCACUCCUCCAUACUGGAGCAGCCAAGUUUCCCCGAAACUUACUUCCAAGGGUGAGACAAGCUGUGUGCUCCCUCCUCCCGGCUGGUGUUCUCAAAGGGUACGACUCCAUCGUAAGCAGGAAGCUGGCGUCCCACGGCUUUGGAGCUUCCAUGGCAGCAAUGUCAUCCUUCCCUCCACAGAGAUAUCACUACUUCUUAGUGCUGGAUUUUGAGGCCACAUGUGAUAAACCACAGAUUCAUCCUCAGGAAAUCAUCGAAUUCCCUAUCCUGAAGCUGAAUGGCAGAACGAUGGAGAUUGAAUCCACCUUUCACAUGUAUGUUCAGCCUGUGGUGCAUCCCCAGCUUACGCCCUUCUGUACAGAGCUGACUGGGAUUAUUCAAGGCAUGGUGGAUGGGCAGCCGAGCCUCCAGCAAGUGCUCGAGAGGGUUGACGAGUGGAUGGCGAAGGAAGGCCUCUUAGAUCCCAGCGUCAAGUCGAUUUUUGUGACCUGUGGCGACUGGGAUUUGAAAGUGAUGUUACCAGGACAAUGCCAGUACUUAGGGCUGCCAGUUGCUGAUUACUUCAAACAGUGGAUUAAUCUGAAAAAGGCGUACAGCUUUGCCAUGGGGAGUUGGCCAAAGAACGGGCUCUUAGACAUGAACAAAGGACUGAACCUACAGCACAUAGGGAGGCCUCACAGCGGGAUAGGUGAGUGA